AAAACAAACAUUAAAACCAUAUAAGGAUUCUAAAAUAUAAAGAAAGCAAUAAAAAAUAUAACAUACAUUAGUCAAAUAUAAAUGCUCAUAGAAGAGAAAGAUAUCUCCAACUGGAGAAAUGAUAUAUAAGAUUACAAUAAGCAAAGAAAGGAAAGAGGGUAUGAAAACCCUAAAGUAGAGAGAGUUAGCUAAAAAAAUAUUAAGGAUAAAGAAAAAAUAUUUGAUCCUCUUCUUUAAGUUUUUAAUGAUCCUUCUUAGGAUAAGGACGAUUUAGCUAAAACAUAAUUUAAGCUCUAGGCAGCAAAAACUAAAAAAAAUAAGCACAUCGAGAAGUAUCAAAAAGAUUAUGAUAUUGUUAAUUUAGAAAAAUUAGAUGUUUAGAUUAUUCCUGAAAAGACAUAUACUAAGAGUGUUAUAAAGCCAUCUGUGCGAGAAUACAACAUCAUUUCUAAUACACCAUUAGAGAAAUAUAUGUAUGAAAAUGUUAAAGUACUUAAGCAAGAAAAGGUUAUUGAAAAGAAAACGGACCUGAGUAAAACCAGAGAUUUCAAUAUUAUAACAAAUAAAUAUACUGAAAACCAUGAAACAAAAAUAUAAAAUGAUGAGGAAACAGUUAAAAACAAGCUCGAUGAAAAAUAUAGAAAAACACAUAAAUUUAACAUAGUGAGUGGCUUACUUUAUGAUCCUGAUUAAGAAAAGGCAUUUUAGGAAUAAUUGAAAGAGACUAAUCAAAGCCAUGGUAAAAAUGCAAUUUUAAAACUUCCACCUUCUUUGAGAUAUAGGGAGACUGUUAUAUUUGAUAGAAAUAAGCCUAUCCCAGAAGAAUUAAAGUUAAUUGAUUAGCAAAGGGAAAAUGCUAAAAAAAGAUACAAAAUAAGAUAUGCAGUAGAAAAUGAGUAUCAUGAAAGAAAUUUAGAAAUAUAGGACAGACGUUAGUAGCGUCUUCUCAAUGGAUUAUGUGAUUAGAAAUAUCUUGAUGAAUAUAAAAAAGGAUUUGACAUAAUCACUUUAGAUAAAAUUAACAUUCACGAUAUUGAAAAAUUAAUCAAUAAGAAACCUAAUCUUAGUUCUUGGGAUAAAGUUUAAAUGACUAAGAGAGAAGACUUUGUUAAUACAGAGAAUGGUUUUGCAGAUACUAAUGACAUAUAAUAUUAUAACGAAGGAAUAUUAGAAAAUGUAAAUUAAACAAAUUACUAAUCAGGUUAAGCACAAUAAGAUCUUAGAAUUAAUGAGCCUGGAAAAAUAAGUUUACCCAAAAUAGGAAACAACAAUUAUGAAAACGACCAUGAAGAAAUUUUUGGUUAACAAUAAAAGUAAAACUUAAGAACAGUUUCUAAUAAUUAGAAUACAUAAGAUUAAUAAUUUUCUUAAACUGGUGAUGUAUAUCAAUCCUCUAAGCCUUAGAGAUAAAGCAGGAGAAGAUAAAGUGGAUAAAGAACUUAACCAUAGUUUGAGGAAAAUACUUUUGGUGCUACUGCCCCUCCCAAAUCUAGUAACAAACCCGAAAAAUUACCUAGCAGAGGAAAUAUAAUUCCUUCAGAUAGUAAUCAAAAUAAAUUUAGAAUUAAAACUGGAGGUUUUAACAGCUGA